UUAGAUUUAUCCUCACGAAGACACAUUCGGAGGGAAAAAAAAAAAAAGAACAGGAAGAACAGCGGGGGAACACAAGGCAGGCGAGCGAGCGAUGAGCCAGCAAGUCUCGCCACUCGGGGCCCGCUCGUCGGCAUCGAAGCCGUCGCUGCUGAGCCCCGGCAGCAGCCUGGCGUUGCGGGCGCGCGACGAAGACGUCGCUCCUUCCUCGUCGCAGUCGCAGUCGCUAUCGUUGAUCGAGGGCCUGGACUCGUGCGACGACGACGGCGUUGGCGUCGGCGACUGGCUCAACGAUACCCUCGCUGCUGGCCUCUCUCGCAACAUCGGCGGCGGCGGAGGCGGCCAGGACCGCCAGCAGGUGCCGCCGUCGCCGGCGCUGGACCUGCGCCUCGACGGGUCGCCCUCCUCGCCGCACGCCGUGCCCAAGCCGGCAGCGCUGCCCGGCUCGCGCGACCACCUGCUCGCCGUCGAUGCGCUGCUCUCGUCGAUCUCGUCGAGCCUCUCGCUGGCAUCUCAGGACACGGCCACGUCCAUCGACGCCUCCAUCGCGGGCAUCAAUGGCGCCAUUCCGCGUCUCUCGCUCGAGCUGCGCCUCAUGAAGGAGUCUGCCAGCACGCUCCGCGACCACAUCUCCGCGCUCCAGGCCUCGUCGUCGUUGUCUUCUUCAUCGUCGGUGUCAUUGCCCUCCUCCUCCUUCUCUGCUACUGCUGCGACAGGACCUGCGUCGGACUCGCUCGACCGGCUCGCAACGCUCUCGUCGCUGCGCUCGCGCAUGGCCGCCGCCCUCGCCGUGCUCAGCCUCGCCGAGAGCUGGUCGACGCUCUCGACGGACAUUGACACGUACCUGUCCGAGUCCAAGUACGCGCCCGCGGCCGCACGGCUCGCCGAAGCGCGGACGAGCCUGGCCGUCUUUGAGCGCACGCCCGAGUACGAGGUCCGGCGCAGCCUCCUCGAGACGCUCACGUGCGCCUUUGUCGACGCCAUCUCGCCCCUCGUCGUGGCGGCCGUGCGCGAGCGUGCGAUUGGGCGCGUGCGCGAGCUCGCAGACGUCCUCGCCCACGUCGAUGGCGGCCGCGACGUCUUUCGGCAGCGAUGGCGCGAGACGCGGCGCGAAGGCCUCGUCAAGGACUGGGCUUCCUUGCAGCAUCUCCACCACCACGAGGACAGGACAGCGGCGGCGCUGGCUGCCUCGACGACCAGCCUCGCCGAUGUCCUGCCCCGCUUCUUUGCCGCCCUCGUGGCCCUCGUCAACGAGGAGCGCCUCUAUGCGCCUGUCCUCUUCGAAGACGACCCACGGGGCAGCGUCGAGGCCUUUGUCGCGAGCACCGUCCUCGCCCUCGAGCCGGGCUAUGGGGCCACGCUGGACAGCGCCGCGAGAAGCGACGACGACGCGGCGCUCCUCGUGCUCGUCAGGGCCCACGCCUCCAUCAAGGACGCAUACAGCGACAUCGACCGUGCCAUCGCGAGAGUCGCGCCGGCCGAAGAGACGCCAUCGAAGAAGCAGCAGCAGCAGCAGCCACCACCGGCGUCGCCUGUGAACUUGCAGCGACCGUCAAUGACUUCUCCAAGCAGCUCUUCGAUCCAGAUAAAACAGGCGCAACAACAACAACAGCAGCAGCAGGGCAGCAGCCCCGCCGCGGACCCGAGGAUGAGUCCAACGAUGGGCAGCAGCAGCAUCAGCAGCAGCAGCGUUGCUCAAGCACCCGCGCUGACGAGGCGCACAUCGAUGAACAGCAGCCGGCGACAGAGCCGGCGGCUGAGCGUGGCAAACUACCCUCCCUCGCGGCAGACGUCGGGCACCUUUGACGAGCAGCAGCAGCAGCAGCCAGCAGCGUCUUCUUCUUCUGCAGCAUACACCACCCACAACGAGCUCGCGGCGGUACUUGCUGCGUCUUUUGCUCCAGCAACACCGGGCAGCUGGCAGCGCGCAUUGCUGGACCCCCUGCUGCCGUUCCAGCUCUCGUAUGCUGCCCUCGAGAAGCGGCUGCUGGCGGCCGAGUGGGCGCGCGAGACGAGCGUCCGGCACCGCGCGCUUGCCGGGGACGACGAGCAGCAGCAGCAGCAGCAGCAGCAGUCGCACGGGUCGAUCCUGCUUGGUGCUCAACUAGCAAAGCAGCUGCGCGACGACGUCGUCGCUGCCGCGGGCCUGGCCGAGGACGCGGCGCUGCGCAACGUCGCCUUCACCUACGGCCUUGGCACGCUGGGCCUCGUCGAGGCGGUCGAUGGCCUCUUUGCGGGUCUGUUCGACGGCGCAAAGGCCCGGCUCGAGGCGAGGGCGGCCCGCGCGGCGCAGGUGGCGAGGCAGCAGGCCGCCGACGCGCUCGGCCUCGGCGACGGCACGGCACUAGGGGGAGUGGGCAUGGGAGCAGGGUCAGGAGCAGGAACAGGAGCGGGGCCAGGAGCGGGAGCAGGCGCGGGAGGCGACGAAUGGACGGCAUUCGAAGAGGGCGUGGGCCUGCUGGGCACUGCGUACGAUGCCUGGAGAAGACUCGCCGAGGUGGAACGGAGCGUGGCGGCCCGGCUUGUCGACGCCGCCGAGAUGGUCCUCGGUCCGUCGACGUGGGCAGGCCAGGAGGCCAUGCGGCGCCUCUGCUCUACUGCAACUUCUGCGCCUGAGGCCGGUGGGAGCGGGAGCGGGAGUGGCAGUGCAGGUCUCCUCCACGGCGGCGUGCCACGGGCGCCCCUUGCGAUCCUCGUCGCUGCUCGUUGUGCGCAGGAGACCGCCGCGGCCGACGACGAGGGCCUGCGAGCGGUCAUGGAGUCUGUUCGGGCCGUCGCGCGACAGGAGCCGGGGCGAGAAGAAGGGCCGCUGUAUGCGCCGUCUUCUUCUCGACGAACGGCAUCAGCACCAGCACCAGCACCAGUACCAGCACCAGGAGAAGCAGAGCGCGGCACAAUGCUCAAUGCCGCGCGCAUCGCGCUCCUCGCCCACGUCCGCACGCUCCAGCGGCACCUCACCGACAUGGUCCUCUCGCCCCUGAUGCCGCACCUCGAGGCCUACGCCUCGCUGCCCGCGUGGGAGGCCAGCCGGCUGCCGGGCGCCGUCAACGAGUACGAGCUGUCGAUGCCGACGUUUAGCCUCAGCCCGACAGAGGCGAUGAGCCGCGUGGGCGAGGGCCUUCUCGACCUCCCGCGUCUGCUCGAGGUCUGGGCCGACGAGGCGGCGCUCCGCUGGGCCAUGGCUGCCCUGCCCUUUGUUGAUGAUGGGGACAGCGGCGGCGAGGACGAGGACGAGGCGCAGGCGGAGAAGCAGCAGAAGCAGGCAGAGGGAGACGCGUUCGAGGCGGUGCCGAGAUCGCCGCUGCACAACCACCACAGGACCGAGUCGCUGUCGCUGGCGGGCCCGCCAUCGCCGACGACGGAGCGGCGCGCGCACUCGCACCGGCACAGCGCCAGCGUCGCGGCCAUUGCCACGGCGCCCUCGUCUGCCGCGCCCCUCGAAGCCGACGGCUCCGUCUCGGCAGCCACAUCCUCGACGGCGGCGGCGGCGGCGACGACAGCAGCGACGAAUGGAGCCGCAGCGACUACGGCCGCCGACGACGAGGGCGGUGCCGCGGGCCAUGUGCUCCAGGCCUACGUCCAGAGCCUCUGCCUCUCGCUCCUCGCCCACCUCGUCCACCUCGUGCUGCCGAGCAUUGCGCGCCUGAGCGCCGCGGGCGCUGCCCAGCUCGGCGCCGACCUCGACUACCUCGCCAACAUCCUUGCUGCCCUCAACGUCGGCGAGGCUGAUUCCGUUACCACCAGCGGCGGCGGCGGAGGCGGAGGCGGAGGCGGAGGCAGCGGAGGUGGACGCGCGCAGCAGCAGCAGCAGCAGCAGCGGCAGCUGAGCAGGGCCCUGAGGGCGUGGCGAGAGUGUGCGGCACUGAGCGACGCCGACGGCAAGCGCCUCGCGCGCGGAGAGGCGGGUACAGGUGCAGGCUCAGCAGAAGGAGCAGGAGCAGGAGCAGGAGCAGGGGCAGGCCCAGAUAGAGAAGCGGGAGCACAGAGAGAGUCAGAGCUGGCCAGGAGCGAAGCAUUUGCCAUGAUGCGCAGACUGAGGGACUGGUAGGCACUUCCUAGCAAACACACAAUUAAGCCUCAGCAAUCAAAGCCAUUAUCUCUCUCUC